AGUCACAGCAGAUGGUCAAGGUUUCGAGACAUGUGUCCGCGGUAAUAAUAUGUCGGGUGUCAUCUUCAAAUUAUCAUUACGUCUUCGAUUUCAUUUCGUCUCUGUCUUCAGAAUCCAGGAAGUUCGCGACAAAGAAUGUCGUCUGAUCAAUGUUCCCCUGCUAUUUACAUCUUCGAAAUGUCGACUGCAUUGAUUGUCUUUUCGAUGUUUCUGCAUAUGAUUGCUUUCUAAAAAUGACUUGUUCUGGGCCUCUUUAAUUCAAGCAAAAUCAGAAUCACACACCGACGUGCAAAAUCAAAAAUCAUGCCACUCUGGCCCGAGUCAUCCCCGUGUUGUGACAACCGUCCAUCUUCUCUCGACGAGAAUGAGGUUCGGGUCUUCCGUACCUACCGCUCCUUGGACGGGCUCGAGACGGAAUUCGGGCUCUCCAUUCUCAGUGUGAAAGCAGCAGGAGCAUCUGCUUUGUCCUCGCCACGGACUCCGACAAAUUUGGACCGCACAGUUCGACUCGCCCCUUCGUCCAGUGCCGUCUUUCUGCCGCCGGCGAUGCAGAGCACGAUCACGGUUCCUCUUGGGAAACUACAACCGCAGCCGACGAUAAUGACGCCACGGAACCCAAGAAGUAGUGCCACUGCGGCAGCGUUCGGUGCUGCAGGAAGUCCGCUCAACAUACCGCAAACUCCACGUGCGUAUUCCAUGCCGCCUGUGCAACAGACCAGAACCGUUAUCACGCCAAGAAUGCAGCAGCAGCAGCAGUUUCAGCAAGGUGGAGAGAUUAUGAUCCCUGCACCGAGUACUAGAAGCAGAACCUCUUCUCCUCCACCACGGGGGUCGUCUGCUGCUGAGGCCGUGCCGGGCGUCGAUAUGGAGGAUGAGGAGGACGCUGGUAGUACCAUCAGAAGAAGCGGAGGUGGAGCACCAGCGGCUGCCGCAGCGAGAAAGAGCCGGUCGUCCAGAAGUAGACGUGGCAGGACGGAGAUCCUGUUGGAUGAUGAGCUCGAAAAUAUGACGGGAUUAGAACUACCCACGACAGGCAAUAGAUUCACCACUGCCUUAUCGUCUUCACGCGCGGCUGGUACAACCUCGUCUGUUAUAGCUCCGGCGCCUGUACCUUUUUUGUCUUCAGCACAACUAGCAGCAGCAGCGCCAGAGAAGGUAAGGAGUGCAAGUGUAACCGCUCCUCCAGUAAUAUCAAUGCUUGGAAGAUUUUCGUCGCCACCGCCUACGAAAUGGAUGGUGCAGAGUCCAAGAGUCAGUUUUCCAGUUGCUGGACCUGGAGGUGGCACUACGCCGAUAAUCACGCCCAGAACGCCUCGAGAACAAAGUCUCGACCUCAACAGGCUCAGCCUCCCGCAACAAAUCGUGCCGCCGGUGGCACAACCGACGCCGCAGACGCCGAUAAGAACAUCUCCUCCCUCGCCCCCGGCACCCCGCAGCACCUCACCAUCCCUUCUCGCUCCUCCGCCCCUGCAAAUGCCGACGGUGCAAAUGCUCUGGAACACCAGCAACAGUUUAAAUCAGCUCCCCCUGGGCGGCACCAGUUUGUUGCAGCCUUACACGCCUCGUUGGGCCCCGACGAUGACAACGACUGUGCGGUCGUUGGUCAAUCGUAAAAAUUAUACACCGAGGCCGAGGGACGUCGAUAGUGGCACAAGCAUAAAUGCCGCGAGCGCGACUGCGCAAGAGCAAUGUCCUCUCCCCUCGAACGGCGAGGAUUUCUGGGCUUGGCAGCCGUACUACCAGCUGCAGCCGAGUCCGUCGAAGCUAUCUAGUUUGUGUUGCACGCCCCGGACGAGUGUGAAUUCACCGGUUUUGUCCCGAACGCCCUCUCCGCCGGUUCUGAAAACGGUGGUAGGCCUGAACGGAUUCCCGGUGAAGCCCCUAGUACAGCAGCAGCAGCGACCGGAGCAGCUCCAGAACCAAAGCGCAGCGACGUCUUACCGGGUCGAUUUGUCGCCGAGAGACUUUGUCAUUGACAAGUACCGAGAUCCGCCCGGUGCGCGAGCUCGGCUGGCCCGGGCGGGGAUGAGUAAAGAGCAAGAUAUGGUCGACGAAGAGAUUGCGCUUUCGAGGAGUUCGGACUUGAUGAAGGACCCUGCUUCGUCCUCUGGUAACAAGAAGUUGUUGAACGGUGAAGAAAGACAGAUGCUGUUUGUGCCGGGGAAACGGAAGGACGUGAAUAGGAACAUCGCGGAAGAUGUCAUGAACGGCAAGACCGCAUUAGCUACUUCGUCCAAAAGUCGAGGUCCUCGAACAGCAGGGUCCGCAAGCGGUGCUAGUCGCGCCGGUUCGACCACGAGAGAACGAAACAGCUCGUCGUCAGCUGCGGAAAAGAUGAAAGCUGCCGUGGCGAAGCGGAAAACCGCUGAAGAACGACGUUCGGAAGAAACGAAUACAGGACCUGUCUCAACGAAGGAGCGAAAAGGAAAAGUCACGACCUCAUCUACAAAUAAAAGUAAAACCAAAAGCGGGUCUGCCUCUUCGGAAGCUGCAAAGGCCGCCAAGAUGCGAGCGAUUGCAAGGACCGUGGCGCUUAUGCAGCCCGGUGCGGUUCCCGUUCAACAGAAUAAGAAGACCGCAACACCAACACCGGGCGCAAGUACGCCGAUUUCUAUAGAGGAGAAAAAUAGCACACCCGGAGGGCCUGCGACCCCGAGAACAACAAAUUGGCCUGCGAGAAGAGCUGCAUCUCCGACACUUUCCAGCGCUUUGAAGGCGAAGGCAAGAACGAGCGCGGGGAGAGGUGAAGAAGCUCCUACAACAACUGCUGCGCAGCACUCGAGACUUCGCUCCGCCGCCGCGACGGUUGUCUACAAAGCCAGAGGUGUUGCCGCGAUUACGACUGCAACGCCCAGAAAUACUGCCGGAGCAGUCGGAUCACGGACGCCUCCUGCUCCUGAAGCGAUUUACUCCAGCAGAGAUCAGAGUUUGAACAGAAACAGUGCGGGAACUCCAUCAACAUCAAUUGGCCCCCCACCCAGAGGUAGGCCCGGCACAGGUUCAACCGGAACCCCUCCGGCAGCUCCUGCCGAGCAGAAACCGAAACCACCAUCUGUCGCACCCCAGUUUUCGAAGAAAGCGGAGCGAUCCGCGUUGGCGUUUGCGAAGAAAAUGAUGACACCGGUAAUGGCGUCGAGGACCAAAGCGUCGAGUAUUUCCUCGAAAUCUGCAACGAGAUCAGCAGCGGUGCACCAGGUAGUGAAAAACAAUAACAAGCAAGUUCUUGCUCCUCCUGCUGCUGCUGUCCCACAUGUAGUUCUCGUCCCUGCUCCGAUCGUUGUGCAAACCAUGGAAAUGGACGGUGACAUGAAGAGCAACAUGACCAUCAGCGAGGAAGUGCAACUGUUGCUCGACGAAAAUCCAAAUAACAAUUCGGAAACACGAAUUCGCUCACAGAGUCCACCGACGGCGGCGACGAUGACCCAAAGUCAAAGACGGCAGUCGAGUUCAGGGUCUGCGGUUGUACCUCCUGUUCUUGAAGGCGUGACGCCGAUGAUUCCUCCCCAGGAAGACGUUCCGUUCAUGACGAAUGCGAGCAGCCAAAGAAUCGAGAUAGCAAACCGGUUUUCCAUGGCCGGGCCUGCGCCUUUGCCUCCUCCACCGCAAAGAGAUGAAAUUCAGGCGUCUGUUGUAGAAGUACAAGCGGACGAGGAGCACUUCUCUGCUGCUCCAGCGCCUCCUCCAGCAAUCGUUCUUGUGCCACCGAUUCGGAACUUGCAGGAGAAACGAGACGAGAUGCAUCAGGUAACAAAGAGGAACUCGAAUGAUCCGGGUUCACAACUAUCUCCGAACACGGCGACACACGACUUACUGUCACGGAUUUCCAAUGCAAAUUCAUCCCUGUUGCAGAAAAUGCAGGACCAGGAGGAGCAGUACGCUGCUCAGGCUACCGACGAGAACACCUACACCAGUGCCACCGGUAAUUUCAAAUUCUACGAACGGGCGGCACCCACUUGUUCCUCCUCAAGUAGCGCGGUGGAGAACAACUCUUCGGCCUCUUCUUCAGAAGAAAAGGAUCAUGCGCUCCUGCAUGUAGUUGAAGACAGAGGUGACUCGAGGUCGACAGUCCAGGACAGCAUACGGCCAACGCGAGCAGAGUUGUCAUCUUCCCUUCACAGAACUGCGCCGAGCGACGUGGAUCUGGUCUUACCUUUCUCCAAAACACAGUUGAAAAUGUCUGCAACGCCGGUGCAGUGGCCGCUGCGAGAUACUCUUUCCGACACCUGCCAGCACGACGUUGGAGACGUCCGCGGAAGGCCGAGAAACAUGAGCUACAGCCACAAUGAAAAGUUUUUAAGUUUGAGUAACAGCAACUUUGCAAGUGCAGCAAGCAGUAGGUUUUCUAGCAAAAAUAUACCGAUACAUGAUCCACAAAAGAACGUCUUCAACGGAGGUGGAAAAAGCAACUUAGAUUCGAUUCCCGAGAUCCCCUACAUUCCAGUGUCUUUACCAUCCACUAUCAGCGUGAUUCCUCAAAAUGUGAACCCCGUCGUUGUAGCUACCCCCCGAAAGAAGUUUUCGUUUUUGUCUCGAUGACAAAAGAAAUGCGAAUCAAUAGGGGCUUAAAUUGCCAGAGUAGAUAGUUGGAUUGCUUACAUGUUUCGUUUGAUUGCACGACAGUCGUAUCAUGUAACUACGCGCACUCCCCUCGAGAGGACAGGCGACACCGACAUCUUUGUCGAUGAAAGUGAAAAGAGAUGCAGAUGAUGCUUGUCCCUGCUGUUCUUCCAGAAUCAAUCGUUCAAGCCAGAACGCCACCGCUGUCCUCGCGCAGCUUGUAUGCC